UAUUGUAUGGUCAGUUUGUUGUGGCUUCGUGAGCAGAAGGGAGGAAACGCUAACCUUUGUCCUGCAAAAAUAAAAGAAUCAGAGAAAACACACACUCUACUGCAGCCGAGGGUGUAAUGGAAUUCAACUUGCCGUGGGUGGCCGGUGGGAAAUGCCAUUAUAACUUUCAGCAAACAUUUUUUUCCUCAAACGUGAUUUUUAUGUGGGAGGAGAGUGACUGUCCCAGCUGAGGACCCGUGAAAAUACACGGGUGAUCAUCUUGUUAGCUAACUAUUUAGCAUGCCAGCGUCGUUGCCUUUUAAACUAGCAUUGCCCACUUGCUACAUUUUGUUUGGAAUUGAUCAAUCAGUUGCGAUACCGAUGAUGUGAUUCUAUUUUAUCACACAUCAACUAGUUAGUUGUGUUUUGAGCUUUAGCAUUGUGGUCCUCGAUAACAUCGUUAGCCACUUUUUUUUUUUAAUUAACUUAGCGAGCGUUAUUUACUUGCGCCAGCAUAGUUGUCUAAAUUAACCCACAUGUUGCCUGUUAUUUGCAUAGGUAGUGUUAUCAAAUUAUAGUAAUUCUGUUAUUUUCUUUACCGAUGCCAUACGAGUUUGUUUUCUGCACUUGAAGUAUCUAGCUAACUGGCUACUUAGCCAGCUAAUUUGGUAAUUGGCUACACCAGCUAGCGCGAGCUGGUGUUAUGUGAACGACGCACACUGGUCCUCGCGCAGCUUUUUCCAGUCUGCGAAAACAAUACUCUGUUUUGAUAACCCCUUUGAACCACCGCAAGUGUGAUUAUCGAUGUAUGCAUCUAGCUAGCAAGGUGUUGCCACAUUUUGUUUUGUAUUUUUUUCGCAUUAUUUUGAAUGCAUAUUUUAUUCGCGGGACAGAACGAUUUUCUUGUUUUAGCGUGAGGCGCUGUCUGCCAGCUCCCUACUUAGUGCAUGUGUCCGUUGCUUUUUUUCCCCUGUAUGUUUCUUAGGUCUACACAGCUAGCUUGCCAGUUGCUUAGCUAGCAGCAUUUAUUCGCUAUAGUAGCUUACCGUGGUUAUUGACAUCGGCGAGCAGCACAAAUCGUUUAUGAAUGUGGAACUGCUUUGGGAUUCUUUUUUUUAGGUUAACUAACGUUAGCUGGCUGUAAUUAAUUACUCUCAGCCAGUGGCGUAUGAUUUGCGCUGGGGGUUUCAUUGUUAGCUAGCUAUCUGGCUAAUUGUGUGAAUUCGAUUGUGAGGAAAGGACCUAGUUUUUUUUUUAAGUAGCUAUGGAUGAUCAGACGCGGAUGCUGGCGGGACUCGCCGGACUCGGCGGGUUAUCACAAGGCGACGUUGGCGACCCAGAUUCGCUUAGGAAACAGCUCGGUCAACCUCAACAAGACAUUGGGGAUAUUCUACAACAGAUCAUGGCCAUCACAGACGAAAGCCUGGACGAGGCGCAGGCCAGAUGCUGGCCAGAGGAGUCGCCGGCGCACUGGGGCGGAUCAGAUGACCCCGCAGAGGGAGGGGGAGCUGGGGGGGGCACGGCAGGGGGUGGCCUGCCACUCAACUUCCAGCACAGGAAACACGCCCUGAACUGUCACAGAAUGAAGCCUGCCCUCUUCAGCGUUCUGUGUGAGAUCAAAGAGAAGACCGUGCUGAGUAUCCGAGGCAUUCAGGAUGAGGACCCCCCAGACCCUCAGAUCAUGCGUCUGGACAACAUGCUGCUGGCCGAGGGCGUGUCUGGCCCGGAGAAGGGCGGGGGCUCGGCUGCAGCAGCUGCGGCCGCAGCAGCAGCAGGAGGGUCGCCCGGUGCCGACGGCGGCAUCGAGCACUCAGACUACAGAGCCAAGCUGGCACAGAUCAGACAGAUCUACCACUCUGAGCUGGAGAAAUAUGAACAGGCAUGCAGUGAGUUCACCAAUCACGUGAUGAACCUGCUGAGGGAGCAGAGUCGCACCCGGCCCAUCUCUCCCAAGGAGAUCGAGCGUAUGGUGGCCAUCAUCCACCGCAAGUUCAGCUCCAUCCAGAUGCAGCUCAAACAGAGCACCUGCGAGGCCGUCAUGAUUCUACGCUCCAGAUUCCUCGACGCCAGGCGUAAGAGGCGUAACUUCAACAAGCAGGCUACAGAGGUGCUGAACGAGUACUUCUACUCCCACCUGUCCAAUCCCUACCCCAGUGAGGAGGCCAAAGAAGAGCUGGCCAAGAAGUGUGCCAUCACAGUCUCACAGGUUUCUAAUUGGUUCGGCAACAAGAGAAUACGGUACAAGAAGAACAUUGGUAAGUUCCAGGAGGAAGCGAACCUCUACGCAGUUAAAACAGCGGUGGAUGCUGCCAGCGUGUCGGCGCAGGCUAGCCAGGCUAACUCUCCGGCGACGCCCACCUCAGGGUCGUCGGGGUCAUACAGCUUGUCUCAUGCAGGCGACGCUGCAGCUGCUGCCUACCUUGGCCUGCACCCCUCGAACCUCAACGGGGCUGGGGAGGCCGUCCUCAACAUCGCCUCCUCUCUGCAGCCCCAGGUGGAUACCCUGCACCGUGCUACACACCUGACGGCAGGCUAUGAGGAGCUGACCACUAGCUCCCUCUACGUCCCACGCCGCCUCGACCCUAGCAACAGCUGGCAGGACAACACCCAACCCUGCUCCGUCACCUCUCCACCAGGCCCCCCUGGCAGCGUUCACUCUGACACCUCCAACUGAGACCCCCCCUUUCUUCCACCCCAGAGACAGCUUUCUUUUGGGGUCUGCUCUGACCACUACCCACUUACCCCCCCCCAUCCUCCUUCCUGCCCGCCGGUCCACUACCGGUCCGGACUGGGAAACUAAUGCCAGGCACUGUACACAUACUUCUGUGGACCGUUAAGAUGGACAGAAGACAUUUACCUUCCUUCCAUCCUACAGAAAUUCUGGAGGCUCCUUUGUCUUCAUAUCGAAUUUUAGGAGAGGAGACUGACUGGCGCCUGAUCAUGACAUCAUAACCCCUCGCCGCCUCCAGGACCUUUGGGGAACUACUAACCCAACCAACCUGGCUGUGUAGGGCAGGUGAUGAUCACUGAUGAUGUCUGUACAUUACCUGUGUAUAUGUUCAUGUCAACUCCACACAGUGUUCACAGCCUGUCCAUUAGCUAUCCCUUGUGAGGUUCUGGUGUUGAUUCAUGUGAUAGUGGUCACACACACACUCUUAACGCCAGGUGCUGUGGCGAUACGGAUCACAAGAUGAGCUCUGCUCACCUUGCUUGUACCAAAGUGAUGUCCUCUCUCCUUCCCCCAACCUAAUAGUUGUCACCCUCCUUCUGUUCCUCUGAGAACCAACUAGUAACACAAAGACGCCUUCCAUCUUUUAGUAUUGCUGACGCUUUCAGUUUGGGGGGGAAGAUUUUUAAGUGAGUGCUUUAUAGGUCAGAUAUGCACACACCACCCACCUUUUACAACCCCUCAUAUGGUACAUGGACACAGAUCUGUCAAGCACAAACUUUUGCACCUUUUUCCAGGUGCUUCUACCUGGUGACAGUUCUGGGAAGUUGAGCAUACAGUAGGCUUGAGGACAGGACUGAAGAUGAAGGGAGUGGGGAAAUGAACGAUCCUCUUUAGUCCUCCAGAGGUCGUUUCUAUUGCGUCCCCCUUCGCUUAGUCAUGAAAAGCUGUAGACUCUUUGUAGAUGUUACUUUCCUCUGUCAACUACUUUUAGUUGAUUGUAGCCCUCCCUCCCCCCCCUAAUGCUGUUUCACAAAGAAAUGCACCAGCCACCAAAUAAACAGUUUGUUGAUAGAACCUAAAUGUGGUGUUGGGAUGGUGAAAUGAAAUAUGUUUUGGGGCAGAGAUGGCUAUGUCAUUUGGGGAGGGGGGGAAAUGUGACAUGACAAUGUUUUAAAAUAUUUGUGACAGUCUUCCAAUGCAUGUAGGCUUUUUUAGGUGUUCAGUGAUGGUUCUCAUUUAAAUAUUCAAGUUAUUUAGCUUCUUCACUUUUGUUUUCUCAAAGACACAGACCAAAAAGGAGUAGAUGCGUUAUGCUGUAUGUACAGAGUUCUCAGAUGUCUCAGUCGGGAUGGCUUAAUAAAUACGUCCCAGCCUUAUGGGGUAAGGAUGGGCUGUAUUCAUUAGGAAUGUAACUGACUGAAACAGGGAGGGACUUACCUGAAUUUGUCCGUCAAGAAAUGCUUGUUUUCGUUUGCCGUUGCUAUACAUUUUUGCUACGGUGCAAAACAUUUAGCUUAUAGUGUACACUAAUGAAUAGGACCCUGGGUUUAUACUCCACCAAAUGGUCUCUGGAUCAGAACUUUCCUGGGGUGUGCUACGUGCACCGAAGUGCGUGAAGUCACAAAGCGGUUAUGUGGAGUACAUCUAGUGUAGAUUCAGCCUUUACAUUUUUUUGGUUUUUAUCAGUUCUUCUUUGGUGUAUUUAACAACUGUAGCCUCCCCACUAGCAGGGUAUUGUUCAGUAGGGCGAAAACCUUUUAAAACCGAGUGAUAUGGGGAGAUGCUACUGCCUGAACUUAGCCAAUAGGAACAUGUUUUUUUGGUUGCAAACAGGGCUUGACAACUAGCAUCUACUCAUAAUAAUCUGUUUAGCUCACAGGCCACACUACAACUUUGCAUCGUACCAAAAAUACCUGUUAUCAAUGUAAUUAGGAUGAUUAUAUUUCACACCAAAAAGUUGGUGAAUAAAAAGUCUCCAGUUUUGGUAGAGGGAAUUGUAUUUGUACUUUUUUUUUAAUAGUUUUGUCAGGCCUCAUGGCGUUUAAGUUUGGGGUUAUAUGGGGGGGGGCUGUUAUGUCCGUCACACCAGUGCUAAAGAAUUGAUUGUAUUGUUGCCAUGGAAAUGGAGCGUCGUUGCCGUAGAGGGCACCUGUUCCAUGGGAAGGCAUGUUUUCUCCCUUGACUCCAUCUCAGAAUCUGCUGGUAAAAUUGUGUCCUAUUGGUUAGCCCUAUGAUUUGGCCAAUCAGCAAGGGCUUUACUGUUCUUAAUAACUUUUACCAAAAAGGCAGCACUGGUUUUAUGAUAAUCAAGGUAGUCUUUAGAGUCAAAUCAGAGUUUCUCUGAUUUCAUUUCAUUUGUAGUUUUUAUUCAGCUUUUUUUAAAUAUUUUUUUUACAAUCAUACAUCAACUGUUAAGAGUACUGGGCAUUUUGAUAAAGGACAAACUCUAUAUAUUAAACAGAUAUACAGACAUUUUAAAUGUAAAAUUAGGUUUUGUUAAAUGCAGACAUCGUUACAGAGAGCUCUUAUAUUGUGUUACCCAAAUUAGUGUCCUUGUUUACUGUUAUAUUAUAAACAUUUCAUAUGGCUUAUUAUAUCUUACAAGUUAUGCUACCACUACUAAACCAAAUUAGUUCCCUCUUCCUGUCUUUUUCUACCAGUCGGUAAAUGGAUGUCACUGUACAGAUUGGAAUGUUUGUUUUUCUCUUUUUAUAAACCCAAUGCAUUAUUUUUGCUUUUCCUUUGGGUGAAUUGCCUGGUUGGUCAUUAACGUUCUCCUGAGGUUGGGGUCAAGUUCUCUUUCUUUUUUUAUGAUUAUUUGCAUAUUUAAAUUUGGGGUAUUUGUUAGUUGGGGUUGCAAUGUAGGGGUUAUGGGUAUUGUAGUUUGGUGCUGUGUAAAUUCCAAUUGGAACUUGAGAAUUUGUGAAACCGCAUUUUUAACAAUAAACGCUGAAUUAAUGCUGGAGACAUUGUUGGCCAUCUUGAAUGCAUAAAUCGGCUCUUACCUCAACGGCUGGGGGGAAAAAACAUCCUUCACACACAUUUUAGAAAUCCCUCAAUUUCCCUUAUCCUUUUAAUUUCAGCCAUUUCAUUGGUGAAUUUGAGUUUUCCCUGUAUUUUGUAGUAACGGUACAGUUCAAUGCAAAAAUAGAGCACAGGUUGAGCCAAUACUGAGUCAACCUACUGUAGGAUUCUACCAUUCUAAUUCUUUGAUUCUACCUGCGGCCGUAGAAUUCCACAGCACCAAAUCAAACGAUAAAAGGCUUAAUGUAAUGUAAUUUUUUGUUUUAUUAGUAUCUUUGUAUAUUUCUCCCUCUUCUCGUCCCACUGUAUUUUAAAUACCACCUCGUCUCUCUACCUCUUGUCUCUCAGUUUCUAUUGUAUAUAAAACCCCACUGUUUCAAGACCUGUGAGUCUGUAUGAACUCCUUUUAUACCUCAACUUUAGAAUUGUUCUAGAACGAGUAUUAAGAAUGACAAGUUGUAGUGCUCCUUAUUAGAAGAAAAAAAACUAAUAAAAUAUUUGUGCUUUUCAUUA